ACUAUUUUCAUUUCUGGUUGCAAUCUAUACAGACAUACUGUGAUAUUGGAAAAACACACACAAACCAGGAAAGCAUGAACUCAGGGGCCAGCUUUUAUCCUGUUAUUAUUGUUGCAUCUAACGCGGACAAAGUGAAAGAGGAUAUGCCAAUAACGUUUUACGAAGAACUGGAGAACUGCUUAUCCGAUGAACAAUCUUUGAAACACCUUAUAUCUCCAAACAGGUAUUUCAUUGUCGAAUGUCCACCAAAUGAAUUGUCACGAAAGCAACAGGACGCCAUUGAAUGCCUCAAAAAAUGUAUAGUAGAAACUGUAGAAAAGAUGCCACAGUGGGGGGAGGGUAUUCCCCUGAAAUGGGCAAAUCUUGAGAAAGUCUUGAUUGAGAUGAAGAAAAAUGGAAGAAAGGUUAUUUCAGUACAACAAAUAAAAGACUUAAAAAACGUGGAUUUACCUAGCGAUAAAGAUCUUGAUGAUGGCCUUCGGUUCCUACAUGAAAUAGGUCAAAUCGUUUAUUUUGCUGACGAGAAAAUGAAUGAAACGAUAAUUGUUAACGUACAGUGGUUUGUCGAUGCCUUCAAAUACAUCAUAACUGAUGAAAAACAUCUAGCUAGAAUUGCGAGCACGAAUAAACGGAUUAACACUGGAAGAAUAACUGAAUCUGAACUGAGGGAAAUAUGGGAAUAUACUAGCGAGAGCUCUUAUAUUCGCCAUAAAGAUGUUAUUUUACCAUACAUGGACAAACUGGGUUUAAUGACAGAAAUUCAGGAUGAUCCAAGCGGUGAAACCUAUUACAUUCCGAGCAUGAACAGAACUGAACUUACUGAUGACUGUAAAGCAGCAAUCAACAAAG